UCUCCGAGUUCUUCGUUGGUAUUACUCCGCUCACCCGCUCCUCGAUGAAAGAGGGUUCAUUCAUUUUGGUGAAUUAAAUUAGAAAAUUUCAGCGCAUUGGUCGUUUUGUUCGAGCGUCCCGGGAUGAUUGAGCCGAAGAAGCGAGCAGCGGACAUGGCGGUGGUGCCCACCGGGGUGAAGCGGCCCCGGACCGAGAUAGUCGCCGCGGCUCAGUCGCAGCAACUCGUGGCUAUGGGUCCGCCGCGCAGCUCCAGUCUCCAGGCUCCCAUCAUGCUGAUGUCUGGACAUGAUGGGGAGGUCUACUGCUGCAAGUUUCACCCCAACGGAGCCACGCUGGCCUCCUCAGGAUUUGACAGGCUUAUAUUGCUGUGGAACGUGUAUGGCGAUUGUGAAAAUUUUGCUACUCUGAAAGGCCACAGUGGAGCAGUGAUGGAGCUGCACUACAACACGGAUGGCAGCAUGCUGUUCUCAGCGAGCACAGACAAGACUGUAGGUGUGUGGGACAGCGAGACGGGCGAGAGGAUCAAGCGUUUGAAGGGCCACACCUCCUUUGUAAACUCCUGCUACCCGGCCCGCCGAGGCCCCCAGCUGGUCUGCACCGGCAGUGAUGACGGGACAGUCAAGCUGUGGGACAUCCGUAAGAAGGGCGCGAUCCACACUUUCCAGAACACCUAUCAAGUGCUGGCUGUCACCUUCAAUGACACCAGCGAUCAGAUCCUGUCAGGAGGCAUCGACAACGACAUCAAGGUUUGGGACCUGAGGCAGAAUAAGCUGAUCUACAGUAUGCACGGCCACGGCGACUCUAUAACUGGACUCAGCCUGAGCUCCGAGGGAUCCUACCUCCUCUCCAACUCCAUGGACAACACAGUGCGUAUUUGGGACGUUCGACCAUUCGCACCCAAGGAGAGGUGUGUGAAGAUUUUCCAGGGAAAUGUUCACAACUUUGAGAAGAAUCUGCUCCGGUGCUCUUGGUCCACUGAUGGCAGUAAGAUCGCUGCAGGCUCAGCUGACAGAUUUGUGUAUGUUUGGGACACAACAUCCCGUAGAAUCCUGUACAAGCUGCCAGGCCACGCUGGCUCUGUCAACGAAGUGUCCUUCCACCCAGAGGAGCCUAUAGUGCUCUCUGGCUCCAGCGAUAAACGGCUCUACAUGGGAGAAAUUCAGUAGUUUUGUGUGUGUUUGUGUGUGUGUGUAUGUGUGUGUGUGAGAGAAAGAGAGAGAGAGAGAGAUUGUGUGCACAAGUGUGUCCCCUGCUCCGGACCUGGACGGGUAUCGCUCCAGAGUGGGCUAUCAGUCUCUGUAAUUUUAUAUGCUUCAGCUUGUCUUGGAACAACCUCAAUAGCCAAGUCACAACAGCCAAGAUUAUUAGAUUUUUUUUUCUCUUUUUAAUAAACUCUGUCUGUGAAAACAGUUUGUUGGA